AUGAAAAUCGCGUUCACUUGGUUGCUGUACUUCGCAGCAUUUCAGGUUGCGUGGGCGCUGGACUUCGCAACGACCAGAGGCCCGUUCUUAGUCAACAAUGCGACCCAAAGCGAUAUUACCAUUAACGGAAUAUGGUACUCCCUCUCGAACUCCACCACGGAUACCAAUGCCAUGGACCCCCUCAAAGACGCCAAGGCAUGUACGCGUGAUGCCGCCCUGAUGGCACAAGCCGGGAUCAACACGAUAUAUGUCAUGGCGAUCGAUCCCAAGGUCAACCAUGAUGACUGCUUUUCGAUCUUCAAUUCUGUCGGCAUUUACGUCGUGGUUGUAUUGCGUAAAGAUGGCGUCUUUGGCACGAGCCAGGAGGACUUUGAGAAGUCCUACACCACUGAGUUCCUCAAGGGCAUGUUCGAGGCUAUCGAUGCUGUCAAAGGCUAUGAUAAUCUACUAGGUUUUGAUCUCGUCGGCACCACGCUGCACCUGAUCCGCAACGACGAACUCCUCGAUGCGUCUUACCAGACUGAGUCGCAUAUGUACUACUUUUACUGCGGCGAAGCCAACGAUCCAUCCCGCUCCGAUUACAUCUCCUUCUACAACAUCGGCUUCUUCGAGACCUCGCCCGUCGAAAAGCAAAACGCUUCCUACCAAAGCUACCAGAAAAAAGCCGAAAAAUCACUAGUACCCACCUGGUUCAGCUACAUGGGCAUCUUCGACGAAGCCGACUACGUCGAAUACGAGCUCCGCCCCGACCUCCUCAACGACACACUCUUCCUCUUCAACUCCUCGAGCCAACUCGUGCGCCCCAACGGCCUCUUCACGGGCGGCGUGCGCGUCAGCUGGACAAACACAAACAUGGGCUGGAAAGUCCCCGGGAAAGCGAACUGGGGCCUAACCACCACAACCCCUAAUGGCGACGUGCAACUCACGCCCAACUACGACGCUUUCCGCUCCAUCAUCGACCAAGUCAAUCCGGGCUCCUGGCUCAGCGGCACGCAGCGCCCCGUCCAGCCCGGCCAGGAACGCGCGCGCUGCGACGCAAACGCAAAGCAGAUGGCGAAUAAAACGCUCAUCUCGCUGAGCCAAAAUGACGCGAAUAACAUCACGCUCGCGACGGAUUGGGCGCUACCGACAAGGCCGCCGGGCGUGGAUGCGAUGAUUGAGAAUGGCGUCGGGGCAAAGACGGGGAGGAUGGUGGAUGUUACGGUGACGAGUGUGGCGUUUGCGGUGAGGGAUAGUAAGGGUGGGGUUGUUACCGAUUUGGCGUUGAAGCCGAGUAGUAGUCAGGCGAGGGGGCCGACAGGAUCGGGAGCGGCGAUUGGGAUGCCUAAAUCGAGCGGUGAGUUGAGUACGGGGGCGAAGGCGGGUGUGGGUGUUGGGGCGGGGGUUAGUGGUCUGGCACUUAUUGGUGCGAUGGGGUUCUUGUUAUUGCGCAGACGAAAGAAGAGAAAAAGUGUUGGGGAGUCAGAUGAGGCUGUUAAGAAGACGAAGGAUGUAGAUGGGUAUCACAAGGCUGAGUUGGCGGCGGGACGGGAAGUUGAGAAACAGCAGGCUGAGCUUGAUGCGAGCGGGAUAGGUCCGCAGGAAGUCAUGGCGAGUGAGAGGAAGUAUGAGUUGUGUACUGCAGUUCAGCAAGAGCCGGUGGAGCUGCCGGUCACGGAGAAGCCGGUGGAAGCACCGGGACGAUGA